ACAUCCCUAGCCCGCAAUUCGGUUUCCCAGUUCCCACACGCCGCCGGCUUCGCAAUCUCCAACUCUCUCGCGCGCUCUGCAUCCAGGCGGAACCAGGCGGCCGACCGGCGGGUGGAGCUCUCGCUCCACAGACAGAACACCCGCGGAUGGCUGCUGCCUCCGAUGCCCCAGUACAUAACUCCGCCGGCUGGGACUUCACCUGUAACUUUGAAGUUGAUUACGGGUCUGAGGAACAUGCAUCCGUUGUCUACCAAACGUUAGCUGUUGACGGGGAGUUGCAGCCUGACAAGGUCAAGAGGGAGAUGCGUCUUUCUGGCAGAAAGCUUGUCGUGUACUUUGCAGCAGUAGAGGCCCGGUUUCUGCGAGCAUCGUUCAGCGCAUUUGUAGAUCUUAUGGUACUCGUGACGAAGCUUGUUGAAGAAUAUGGUGUGGCCAAUGAAGGGCAUUCUUGUUGAACAAUGUCAUGCACGGCUCCAUCAGGUCAGUUGAGUGCACUUGUGAGCAUUUAGGUCGUCUGUAUUCAGUGGCAUUGCUCUUGUUUGUCAAGCUAAUGUACAAUGGAUUUGUUCUUGAUUUGUCAAGCUGGAUCCUACUGGAUUCAAGUAUGCAGGAGCAAAUGCUUAUACCAAAACCCUACAAGGAUGCAUGAACGAAUGCUUAGCCCCUAUUUUGAACGCAGAUUUUACUUUGUGCGUAUUCAUAUGAAAAUUGAACACAACCCCAUAAAAUUUAUGCAAAAUUCACAUGAAAACCUUGCAUUCCAAAUAAGAACAGCUUGUAAUCUUUCGCUGUGAA